UACCCUACCCAUGCACGGUCAAACUACUUCACGGCAACGAACACGACGACAAACCGACUGGAAGCGUCAUGGAACCAAAUGAAGCGGCUGGUAGACCUGACAUGCACUAUUGACCAGUGCAUAUCUGGAAUUCUUCUCUAUCAAAAUGCGUCCAUGGGGGAGCUUCGGGCAGAUCUU